GGACGAGCUGCUCUGUCACUGAUACUGACCAAACACCUGAAGGAAGCCCACAGGCGAACGACUUAAAGGCUUCAUAAUGGGGAAAGAGAAGGAGAAGAAAGAGGAGAGAGUUUUAGGAGUCGGAUUUUUUCAACUGUUCCGGUUUGCCACCUGGCAGGACACCCUGAUGAUGGUGGUGGGGGGUGUGUGUGCGCUGAUCCACGGCGCUGCUUCGCCCCUCAUGUUGCUGGUCUAUGGCAUGAUGACCGACACGUUUGUGUCCUACGAGCUGGAGAUGCAGGUGCUGAGAGACCCCAACAAGACUUGCAUCAACAAUACCAUCUCCUGGGUCAAUGGGUCUAUAUAUCAGACAACUGAGAACACUACUGUUCUCUGUGGGGUGGACAUUGAAUCUAACAUGACACUUUUUGCAUAUUACUUUGUUGGUAUUGGAGUGGGCGUCCUUAUUGUCAGUUAUUUUCAAAUUGCCCUCUGGGUUUCUGCAGCUGCAAGACAGAUUCAAAGAAUAAGGAAGACUUAUUUCCGUAAAAUCAUGCGGAUGGAAAUCGGUUGGUUUGACUGCAAUUCUGUAGGAGAAUUAAACACAAGGAUAUCUGAUGACAUAAAUAAAAUCAACAAUGCCAUUGCAGACCAGGUGUCCAUCUUUAUUGAGAGGAUCUCUACCUUCAUCUUUGGCUUCACCGUGGGUUUCAUCGGUGGUUGGAAGCUGACACUUGUGGUCCUUUCAGUGAGUCCACUCGUUGGCCUGGGAGCUGGACUAAUGGCCAUGGCUGUAGCUAGGCUAACAGGCAGGGAGCUGAAAGCCUACGCCAAAGCUGGAGCUGUGGCAGACGAGGUGCUCUAUUCCAUAAGGACCGUUGCAGCCUUUGGAGGGGAGGAGAAGGAAGCUGAGAGGUAUGACCAGAACCUUGAGGAGGCGCAAACGUGGGGGGUGAAGAAGGGCACCAUCAUCGGUGUGUUCCAGGGUUACCUCUGGUGCAUAAUCUUCCUCUGCUAUGCCCUGGCCUUCUGGUACGGCUCCAAGUUAGUCAUCGACACCAAAGAACUAUCACCUGGUGAUCUCAUCCAGGUGUUCUUUGGCAUCCUCAUGGCUGCUAUGAAUCUGGGUCUGGCAUCGCCGUGCCUGGAGGCUUUUGCAUCAGGGCGGGCUGCAGCCAAAAACAUAUUCGACACUAUCGACAGGGAGCCAGAGAUCGAUUGUCUCUCGGAGGAAGGGCACAAAUUAGAGCGGGUUAAAGGAGACAUCGAAUUCCACAACGUUGACUUCAACUACCCCUCGCGGCCAGAUGUGAAGAUCCUAAAUGACUUGAGCAUGGUGAUAAAAGCAGGGGAGACCACAGCUUUUGUCGGCCCCAGUGGUUCAGGAAAAAGCACCACAGUCCAGCUCAUUCAGAGAUUUUACAACCCCCUGAAAGGAAUGGUGACCCUGGAUGGCCAUGAUAUCAGGACUCUGAACAUCCAGUGGCUGCGGUCUCUGAUUGGCAUUGUAGAGCAGGAGCCUGUGCUCUUUGCCACCACCAUCAUGGAUAACAUUCGCUACGGGAGGCCUGGAGUCACCAUGGAGGACAUAAUCCAGGCCACCAAACAGGCCAAUGCAUAUAACUUCAUCAUGGAGCUCCCUCAGAAAUUUGAGACUCUGGUGGGCGAGGGUGGUGGACAGAUGAGUGGAGGUCAGAAGCAGAGGAUUGCCAUCGCUAGAGCUCUGGUCAGGAACCCCCGCAUCCUGCUCCUGGACAUGGCCACUUCUGCCCUGGACAACGAGAGUGAAGCUGUGGUCCAAGAGGCUCUGGACAAGGCCCGCAUGGGUAGAACCACCAUCACCAUCGCCCAUCGGCUCUCCACCAUCCGAAACGCUGACGUGAUCGUCGGCUUUGAGCACGGGCGAGCCGAGGAGCGAGGCGUUCAUGCCGACCUCAUGGAGAGGAAGGGUGUGUACUUCACCCUGGUCACCCUGCAGAACCAGGGACAGGAGCCGGUCACAGUGAGGAACCCAUCUGAAAGUGAGAGAACAGAGGUAGCUCUUGGGAGGGAGAGAACCCUUAGUAGAGGAAGCCAUACCAGUUCAAGAUCUCUGCGCUUGCGAUCACGGUCUCAGCGGUCAGAAGACUAUAUCCCUAAUGCCAUAUCUGCUCAACUCCGGAUUGACAAAGACAGAGACAACCCUGACAUCCCCGAGACAGAUGAGAGCACUGACCCAAAGCAACAUGUUGAGCCGGCACCGAUAACUCGCAUCCUGAGGUACAACCGCUCGGAGUGGCCCUACCUGCUGAUGGGUUCUCUCGGAGCGGGCAUCAAUGGCUCAGUCAACCCCAUCUAUGCUCUUCUCUUCAGCCAGGUCCUAGGGACGUUUGGCAUCACUGACCUGGAUGAACAGAGGAAGCAGAUUCAUGGAAUAUGUGUGCUGUUUGUCAUUGUGGCAGUGACAAGUUUCAUCUCACAGUUUUUACAGGGUUACUCCUUUGCCAAGUCUGGAGAGCUGCUGACGCGCAGGCUGAGGAAGAUGGGCUUCCAAGCCAUCCUGAGGCAGGACAUUGGCUGGUUUGAUGACCGGAGGAACAGCCCCGGGGCACUGACCACUAGACUGGCCACUGACGCCUCCAUGGUGCAAGGGGCGACGGGGUCACAGAUCGGCAUGAUCGUGAACUCGCUCACCAACAUCGGCGCGUCCAUCAUCAUUGCCUUCUACUUCAGCUGGAAGCUGAGCCUGGUGGUCAUCUGUUUCCUGCCUUUCAUCGGCCUGUCUGGACUUUUCCAGGCCAAGAUGCUCACUGGCUUUGCCAACGAAGACAAGAAGGCCAUGGAGGAUGCAGGACAGGUGUCCAGUGAGGCGAUAGCCAACAUCAGGACCAUCGCAGGCCUGGCCAAAGAGGGUCAGUUUGUGGAGCUGUAUGAGCAGCAGCUGGAGGCCCCGUACACGUCGGCCAAGAAGAAGGCCCACGUGUAUGGUGUGUGCUUCGCCUUUUCCCAGUGUGUCAUCUUCAUGGCUUACGCAGCCUCCUUCAGAUAUGGUGGCUACCUGGUCAGCCAGGAAGGGCUUCAUUACAUGAUGGUGUUCAGAGUCGUUGCAGCAGUUGUGACCUGUGGAACUGCAUUGGGGAAGGCGUCGUCUUUCACCCCAGACUAUGCCAAAGCAAAGAUUGCCGCAGCCCAGCUCUUCACCCUCUUUGACAGAGUCCCAAAGAUCAUUGCGAACCCAGCAGAGGGACAGACUUGGGAUAAUUUCAAAGGAAAAGUGGAGUUUGUGGACUGCAGGUUUACGUACCCGAGCCGGCCGGACGUUCAGGUGCUGAGGGGGCUGGAGGUGUCGGUCAAGCCCGGCGAGAUGCUGGCCUUCGUGGGCAGCAGCGGCUGUGGGAAGAGCACCAGCGUGCAGCUGCUGCAGAGAUUCUACGACCCUGAUGAGGGAAAAGUGCUGAUAGACGGGCAGCCGUCGUGUGGGAUCUGUGUGCCUUUCCUGAGGGCUCAGAUUGGCAUCGUGUCCCAGGAGCCCGUUCUGUUCGACUGCAGCAUUGCAGAGAACAUCGCCUAUGGAGACAACGCGCGUGCCGUCAGCAUGGAGGAGAUCGUGGACGCGGCCAAAAAGGCUUUUCUCCACGAUUAUGUGAUGACACUGCCAAAAAAAUAUGAGACCCAGGUUGGGGCCCAUGGCUCCCAGCUGAGCCGCGGACAGAAACAGCGCAUCGCCAUCGCCAGAGCCAUUGUCAGGAAACCCAAGAUCCUGCUGCUGGAUGAGGCCACCUCUGCCCUAGACACAGAGAGUGAGAAGACGGUGCAGGCUGCGCUAGAUGUGGCCAGGCGAGGCCGGACCUGCAUCGUCAUCGCCCACAGGCUGUCCACCAUCCAGUCGGCGGACAUCAUCGCCGUCAUGUCCCAGGGGCUGGUCAUUGAGAAAGGCACGCACAACGAACUGAUGGCCAAAAAGGCUGCAUACUACAAACUAGUCACCACUGGAGCACCCAUCAGCUAAGACACCUGAGGAUUGCAUUUGUUUUCAAAACGGCAUAAUUUGCUAUCACUGCAAUGAGUUUAUAAAGCUGCUGUAUACUGUAUAUUUUUUCAUUUGGGUAGACUGAAGACAUAGUUGAAGUAUUUAUUAGAAUAAUGUAUUUAUAUUCUCUGAAUCAGAUGUGCUUUGUACAUUUUAUUUUACUCAGUAGUAGUAGUAGUAGUAGUAGUAGUAGUAAAUCAGUACUACAGAUCAUCGGCCUUCUAGUACUUAUAAAGGACUUUGCCAUAUAGAUUUCAUUACUAUUAACUUCACUGUAGGCCUAGACAAUAACCUUUGGAUCUGAGUUUUACCUCAUUUUAGGGUUGUCAUCAUAGCACCAUCUCAUCCACUAGAGAGUGCUCUACACAAAGCAUGCACUUACAUCAGGGGUAAUACCUGUGCGAGCAAAAACAGCAUUGUUUUGUCAAAUAAUACAAAUUUAAAAUUGUUAGUGCAGGGCCUCAUAAAAAAUCUUUGCUCAACAAAAUGAAGACAUACUGUUUUUAAAGGCAUUAUAGCAGAAAUGUGUUGGAUAAGUCAGGAAACAGAUAUGUUGUAUGUUUAUAAAAAGCAUGCCACAUUGAGAAUGUUUUUCUUUUUCUCAUAACUAUUAGUUCAACCUCCACAACAUUUAGUCAUUUGUGCACAUCAUAGUAGCAAUUUCUCCUUCCUCUGAACAAAUUGCAAAUGCCUUUGGACAUGUAUCAGU